AUGUCUGCUCCAGCUGUCUCCUAUCCAGGUAUUUGGCAAUGGGAUAUCACAGGAAGCUCUGAAAACAAGUCUCCCUCCCUGGAGGCCUUCACACUGACACUGACCACAGCACAGCAGGUGCCUCCACACCCAAGAUGGCCCAUGCCAAUGCCAUCACCCCAGGGAAGUCAGGUGAACUACUACAAUCAGGGUGUGAUAAGGCCUGUGCCAUCUGGAGAACUUGGCCUCUGCCUGCAAACCUAUGGCUGUGUGUCGUACACAUGGAGCGAGGGACCUUGCCCUCAACCAGAAAUAGUGAUGGUGCUAAAGGAGGCUCGGCCCACAAAUGUCUUCCACACUAAGAUGAAGCAAUUGGGGCAUAAAGUCAAAGGAGAAGAGAAGCCAACCAUUCCCAGCACAAAGCACAAGAGAAAUCAACCUGCACUUGACCAAAAGGUCUUUCAAAAGCCUCACAGCUGUGUAGGCACACACAUGCUGGAGCUGGUGCAGGUUUUCGACGCAGAGAGCAAGAAGACUGCCAAGAGAGCUGGCUCUUCUCCUCUCAGGGAAGGGCAUGACAGGGCUCAGAUCAGUUCUCUGAAACCACAUGUUAAUGCUGAAAAAAAGGCUCCAUCUCCAUCCCUGUGUCAGCUACCUCCACCUGGGAAGGUGAAGUUAAUACCUUUGCCUUUUCCCAGCCCAGACAAGCCUCAGAUGUGACCCAUGUCUGGAAGGCCACAGCCCCUAGCCUCACAUUGGCCCACUGCAGCUUACUCUGCCUGACCUACUGUUACAAGCACGGCUCAGUCAUCCCAACCAGCUGCUGCUAACACCUCUCCAGUGGGUCCAGUCACACCAGCUCAGCCAUCCGGCAAUGUCAGCCAACUGAGCUCAACCACCUGGACCCAGCUAGGCUUUCCUCAAUCUGCGACUUCUAGGCCUGUGCCCCAUGAAACAUCUGCCUCUUUCUGGCCAGAGCCUGUUGCCACUGCUGUGACCAAGCAUUGGUCCCUGACUAAGCUGCAAAGCCAAUUUCUCCUCCAAGAUUUCCACUAACAACCACUUCCCAGAAAGGCACCCAAUGUUCCUGAACCAGUAAUGUCAAGCCCCAUCACAAAAGGACAGAGGCCAAAACACGAAACCAUGAAGAGACAGGCUCAGCAAGAGCUGGAGCUGGCCACCAAACACAUCUCUCUAGGGAAACUGCAGUUUUGCAGCCAAGGCUGGCGGCGAGGCCGAGAGACCCAAGGCCUGUCAGCAGAGGACGGAAAGGCCAGCGCGAGAGAUGGAGCCCGCGCACAGACGCUACCAGCCCGAAAGGCCAAGCCCGGGAGCCAAGGCUUUUUGCCCUUCCGGGAUGUGGCUUCUGCCCUUCCUUUAGGGUGA